AUGGCGCGCGGCGUCGUCGCUCGGUGCCUCGCGCGCGCGCGCGUGCGGACGCGCGCGCGCGAGCGACGCGCGGACGAUCGAUCGUCGGCGUCGCGCCGACGCGCGCGCGCGGGACGGCGGCGCGCGACGGAGGACGGGGCGGCGGAAGAUUCGACGGAUGCGGGAGGACGCCUGAGCGAGGCCGAGCUCGACGCCGCGGUCGAGGAAGCGCGAGAGAUCCUGCGAGAGGCGUGCGCGAUGGCGGAUCGGCAACAGCGAGAGGAACUGACGCGGAUGAUGUCGGGAACGAGCGCGAGGGCGAGCGCGGCGGUGGAGGUGCUGCGGGCGGAGGCGUUGUUACGCGGGCGCGGUUUGAGCGAAAGCGACGCGUCGAGGGUGGCGAAAGAACUGUACGCGGAGGAUGAUCUGUACCAGGAGGCAGAUCUGUUGGCGGUGCAGAUAGAUCGGUUGGAGCGCGCGAUCGGGGCGCUUGGAGUGGACAUUUCGGAGAUGAUUUCGAGGUCUCCGCGGACGAUUUCGACGGACCUCGCGCGAGCGACGGCGAACGUGAUGCGGAUCAGAGACGUGUUCGGGGCGAAUAAAGUGGGCCAGAUGGUGAUGGAUUGUCCGAAAAUGCUCGCGUGCGAGGAUUUGGACGAUCGAAUCGAGCGCACGCGGGCGUGCAUCGUGAAAAUUUUCAGCUCGGAGACGCAGGACGACACGACUUACGCAAUCGCAGAGGAACCAAAUUUGCUCUUCACGCUGCCCGAUUUGCCCGUUUUCGCGCGAGGUUUAUCCGUGGAUAUCUCAGAGUUACCAAUGAGCGUACAAGCGAUGCUCGUCUACGCGACUGGACAUGAAAACGAGUGA